AUGGUGACGGUCGGCAAGUCGCACCCGGGUGCUGACCCUGUCCACCCUCUCCCCACACCCGAUCCGGUCGACGCCAACUCCCCGCCAUCAAAGCGAGAUUUAGCUUCAUGGUGGAAGCAGUUCAAACGGAGCACCAGAAAGGAUGAAUUGAAAGAAGAGGCACCCCGCGGGAUCUUCGGGAUUCCGCUCAAUGUCAGCAUCAAGUAUGCCAAUGUGGCAAUCUCCUUGACCAACGACCACGGCGAGAGUUUCAUUUAUGGAUACGUGCCCAUUGUUGUUGCAAAGUGUGGAGUUUUCCUCAAAGAAAAAGCAACGGAUGUGGAGGGCAUCUUUCGUCUUAACGGAUCAGCCAAGCGUAUUAAGGACCUCCAGGAGGUCUUCGACUCCCCCGAGCGAUAUGGAAAAGGACUCGACUGGUCCGGAUACACCGUCCACGAUGCAGCAAACGUGCUUCGCCGAUACCUGAACCAGCUUCCCGAACCCAUCGUGCCAUUGGAAUUCUAUGAGCGCUUCCGUGAACCUCUGCGUAUCUACCAGCGACAGGUCCUAGAAGGCAAGGACACAAACGAUGCCGACAAGUUCGACCACGCAAAGGCUGUCGAGACAUACCAGAACCUCAUCAUCGAGCUGCCCCCAUUGAACAAGCAACUGCUCCUCUAUAUCCUCGAUCUCCUCGCGGUUUUCGCCUCGAAGUCCGAUCAGAAUCGCAUGCCGUCGGCUAAUCUGUCCGCGAUCUUCCAACCAGGCAUGCUGUCCCACCCCCAGCACGAUAUGUCGCCGGAGGAAUACAAGUUGAGUCAGGAUGUGUUGAUCUUCUUGAUUGAGAACCAGGACCACUUCCUGUUCGGAAUGAGUGGCACGGCUGCCGAUGAGCAGACCAUGAAGGAGGUCGAGGCAGGGAUUCCACGACCCGCAGCUCACCCGAGCGUUCGACGAUCGGUAUCCAACGCCAGUGCUAACACGGAAAGCCAUCGCAAGUUGGACAGUAUCCGACGCAAUGUCUCCGUUUCGUCGCGCAACUCCCGUCAUUCCAACAACACUCAAAGCCCUGUAACUCCCACCUCAAUCAGCGGCGGUGGCGGCAGUGGUGGUGUUCACCGAAGCAACACUCUACCCUCAAAGAUGGGCCCCGUCUUGACCUCUGCUCGUUAUGCGCGAGCCAACGAGACUGGCUCGAACAAUCCUUCUGGACUCUCUGUUUCUCAUCAGAGUUCUCAAUCGACUAGUCGAACACCGUCAGUGCGCGAAGAGCCUGAGAAGCCUGAGCAGCCUCAGUCGAUCCCUGAGUCGAUCUCUCAUCCGGCUCCUCCGUCAGUCCCAGAACGGACUUCCGAGCAGCGUCCUGAGCAACGUCCUGAGCAGCGCCCUGAGCAGCGCCCUGAGCAGCGCCCUGAGCAGCGCCCUGAGCAGCGCCCUGAGCAGCGUCCUGAGCAGCGUUCUGAGCAGCGCACGCCUAGUCAAUCAACCACCUCAUUGACUCCAGGCAACCUCUAUGUGCACACGUCAACCCAUGGCCCAUUGCCUCCGGCAACUGCUGAACGUCUUAGCAUCACUGAAACUGCCAGGCCACAUGAGAAUCUCAAUACGGCAGUCGCCUCACCCCCAGUUGCUUCACCCCCACAAGUUGUCACACCAAGCCGUGAGCGCAAACUCUCAAAUUUCUUCACAAAGUCACCGCCAGCUGAUAGUGAACUGAAAGAACCUCGGCAGCCGAAUCGCUUGAAGAAGAAGCGCAUUCCCGGUAGUGCAAGCAUGAGCGCACAAAGCUCGGCUACCUCACUCCAUGCCUCGAGUGUAGAUCCCAGUGCGGAUCUUGAACCUAAGCAUGAAAACCGGUCCGUGGAAGCUGCUGUUGGCGACACCACUCCGAGACCGCCAAAUGCUGCCACACUCGGCAACCGAGAGAACUCUUUCGACUCGAACCCGGCGCUCGCAGAGGGUGCAACGCAACCUAACACCGACCAUUCUCUGCGGCCUAACAAGUCGCGCACCCCCUCUAUGAACUCACGUUCGUCGUUCACUGAUCAGUCUGACAUGGAUCAGCCCGACGAUGUCUCUCGCAAUGAAAAUCGUCGUAGUUGGCGGUUCCAUCGGUCCUCGAAGCGCACCAGUGAGCAGGUUGGGCUAGGUUUCGCGUCUCCACCCCUGGGGGCGACGAAUCCUCGAGCCGAUCAAAGCACCAGUUCAAUCGGCAGCGGUCACUAUCAAAGCACGGACCUUUCCAACCACCCACUGAGCUUGGAUGCUGGCGUUCAAGGCACUUCCUCCGUAGGAUCAGAGCCCGAGAAGAAGAGCUUGUUCGGAAAGUUCAAGGCGAAGGUCGCUCAGGUCCGGGAUGGUGUUAAGGAUGAUCGUGAGCGCGCAAAGAGCCCCACCCGAUCGGAGAAUGACCCCUCCCUCACCAACCAGCCUCUUUCUCCCAUUGCUACAGAGUCGACAAAAGGCAACCCUGCCUCAGUCGAAGUCCCACGUGAACAGCCCAAGGAAGAGCAUAUGCGUUCGCCCGCGUCUCCCUUGCCUGGCGCUGGUCUUCCCCCAUCUAUCCCCGAAGAGCCGCAUAGUCCUGAGGCGUCUGCGGCUGCGCCUGUCGUUGAACAGAAGGAGUCCGCUGGGCUGCCCGCUGCCGCGUCCGUAGUGGCACCAGAGCCACCAUUGUCCCAUGAAAUCCCGAAAGAGACCGCAGGACCAUCCACCUCGGCUGCUUGA